UGGUAUUUGCAGUAAAUAAAAUUCAGGGAAGAAUGGCUUCUGACAUGGACUCCAAUACUGCUGGUGUGCAAUACAACCGCUGGAAUGAAGACAACAUCAAUCUGAAUGUGGCUGGAACAGGUGUAACGGGGCUCUACAACAGAGUCUGCACUGGCACCUUGGGCAUAGCUAUCAAGGUGGCCGGAGCUUUGGCUGCACUGGUGGCUGUUUACGUCAUAGGAUACGUCACUGGAUAUUACGUCCACAAAUGCUGA